GAAAACAGCUGAGAGGCAUGGUUUUGUUUUUCACUGCUGGUGACUUCCGAUUUAUUUUGGGCGCAUUUUGACCAUUUGACGGUCAAGUAUAUCGCGAGAAUAUGCAAUUUGUGCGCAUCAAGUGACAGAGUGUCGAAUUCAGAGUGAAUUGGCAGUAAAGGAAAGUGCUGUAAGUCGACGUAAGUGGCCAUAAAUCAAUCGAAAGCAUUUGUUUACACUUCCCGCCUUGGGCGUGUGCUGGAAGCCCUCAAGCGCGGGGAUCUAUUUGCGUGCCCGAGCUGAGCGAGAGCAGUGGAUGACGGAGGUUGAGACGAGAGACAGACGAGACCGUCUGCGAUCAGUUGUGUAGCGAUUGGACGCGAUGGGAGCGUACUUGAGCAGCUUCAAGAGUGCCAUAGAAGGUGUUGGUUUGACGGCGGGCGCGACAAGAAAGCGAAAACACAGUGAAAGCUCAGACGAGUCGCGAUGCGAAGAGCAGCCACAGAAGAGGAAGAAGCUGAUGACCACGGCUCAGUAUGUGUAUCAGGUGAUGUUCAAGGAGGAGCACAAGUCGGAUGUGGCUGUGCGGUGUCUGGGACGGACGUGGCACCUGCACAAGGUGUACCUCUGCCAAAGUGCCUACUUCUCCUCCAUGUUUGGGGGCUCGUGGAAAGAGUCCGACCGGGAUUUUAUCAACAUCGAGAUCAUUGACCCCAGCAUUAGCAUCGAAGCACUCGAUGCGGUCUUCGGCUCGCUGUAUCUCGAUGAGAUCACCCUGGACAGAAAGGUGAUCAUACCAGUAUUGGCGACGGCGGCUCUGUUUCAGCUCAACAGCCUCAUUGAGAAGUGCUCAGAGGUCAUGAUAGAGUCCAUCAAUCCCAAUACUGUGGUGUCCUAUUACGAGGCGGCGUGCCAAUAUGGCGUGAACAACGUGAAGAGCGCCACCUUCGAGUGGCUGCAAGUGAACUUCCUCAACUUCUACACGAAGCACAUGAAAUUGCUAACGCAAGUGAAUCUGGAGCUGCUGCACAAACUCAUAUCUAGUCCCGAUUUGUUCGUCAUGCAGACUGAGUAUGCCAUCUACUAUCUGCUCAAGAACUGGAUAUACUUCCAACUCCAUCCCGAUGUGGAGGCCAAGGCGCGCGGGGAUCUCAAGACCACCAUUCAGACCUUCUACAAUGACCUGGACAAGUCCCAGCCGUUCGUGGAGACGCGCCAGGGAAGGAAGUAUGCGGUGCUAUUCAGGGCGUUGCGCCUCAAUUACCUACUCAACCACCAUCGCGACAUUGAGAUUAUCCUCAGGGAUAAUAUCAUACCGCAGGACUGGAUUCACGCGCCGAUUCUGCAACAGUGGGACGCCCUGCUCUGCUUCGAUGAGUCCACGUACAAUGGUCCAAUGGAGUGCGACGAGAAGACAUUCGGUGAGCUGUGCAUGCGAUGCGGUCGAGUGCUGCAGAGCGAGGGAUUCCAGAAGUGGCGCUGGACAGGAUUCAACUUUGGCCUUGAUCUCGUGUUCAUUGUGGACACACGAAAUUUAUCGAUUAAGCGAAAUCACCGUCCGGAAAAUGAGCGACUUCUCAGUCUUCAAGUGAAGCGAAAGUUUCUCGCCAGAGUCACAGUCACCACGGUGAAUAAGAAUUUCCAGGUGAAGCAUCGCCAGACGUCGGGAAUCAAGACAUUGACGCUGGACAAGAACGAGGAGGUGACUCUGAUGCAAUUCGACAAGGACUUGUCGUAUCCUUUGAUGAUAUCCAUCAAUAUCCUCACCGUGUCACCGCGCAUACCGGCCGAGAGCAUUCACAGCAAGUCUCCGGUGGCGUCCGGCAGUUCCAGAGAUAAUCAGAGUCUCACCGAAGUGAACUUAAGCCACAGCGAUGAAGUCUAAGCU